AUGAAUGAUGUCGAUAACUCUGUGAACUUUAUCUACACUGAUGAAGAAAAAUAUAGCUGGAUCAAGCUUCAAAUCAACAACAGAAUCAAAAGAGUGAACUUGAAACAAACUGAUUUUUAUAAUCUCAUUUAAACAAUCAGAAGACACUUUAAAGACGUUGAUAAACAUAUCUUUGAUUUGACUCAUACUUCUGCUUUGAUUUAAAGUCUAGAUGAGGAGUCAAAGUAGCUCUACAUUAUGAAUCUGAUGAAGUCUAUUAACCUAAAUUACCAGGAUGAUGAGGGAGAUGAGAUUGAGAUCGACAACGAUGAAAGUUUACUUCAAGCUCUCAGAUUUGCCAAGACCUGUGGAUCUGGGAAAGUUCUUAAGAUUAAAAUAAAUUUGUUAGAGUUAUAACACUCUAGAAAGUAUUCAUAAGAAAUCUUAUAAAAAGAUCAGAUCAGUAAUAAUGUAUAAGAAGUCUAUAAUAGAAGUGAUAAUAUUGAGGAAAAUAAGUAAAUAGCUGAAAAACAUCAGAAUUUGGAGGAUAGAGAGGAAGAAGUUAAAAACGGUUCUAACUUUUUCUACCAAUAUGAGGAACAGAUGAGAUAAUCUCAAUUGCUUUAGAAGAGAGAACUCUCCAAAGUGGAAAUUUAUGAUCCAAGUAUCUAUGUGGAUAAAUAAGAGGAGACUUAUCUAGGUAAACAUGAAGAAUCUUAGGAAAAUUAGAUAUAUGUCAACCCAUAUCUUGGUUAAUACCAUUAGUAACCCUAUGAUAACUACAAUUAUUCUCCAUAUAAGCCUUAAGAUUAUCAAAAUGAUCAAAACUAAUCAACUGGAGCUUUAAGAUAAACAGGACUAGCCUCAGCUUUCAUGAUGCCGAUCUUUAAUCCCUAAAAUACUACCUUAAAUAGCUAAAACGAUUAACUUAAUAAUCAUUUGGUUGAAGAUAAGAUGAUCAUUGGGAGUGAAGAGCUAUCUCUGAAUGACGGUAAUCCUGAAUAAUCAGACGAUGUAAAUAAUAUUAUCAGAGCCUUGAAUAAUAGAAGCAGUGUUAAUACUGAUGAGUUGGCUUAAUAAUAACAAAUUUUAGAGUAAAUUGAAGCCUAUAAAAAGCUUAAAGAGUAGCAAAAAUAGGAUGAGGAAUAUGCUAGGCAAAUAUCAUUCCAAGAAACUAUAAGAGCUCAGUAAACCUAAACUUAACUAUAACAACAGCAACCACCCUAGAAUUUUUAAUAGCCAUUUAUGUUUGAUCAAAGGUAAUAAAGCUAUGGAACUUAAGUUUCAUAGAACCCAUAUAAUAGUGAUAUGAUGAUGUAGCCGUAGUAAAGUCCUAUAAUGUAUAGACCUUCAAAUUAAAUGAUAAAACCAAUCAAAAUAGUUGCAUCUGCUAAACUGAUAAGAGACGAAAAAAAUAAGAGACAUGACCCUUCGGUAUAAAAAGUUACAAAACUCUGGAGUGCAAUUACCACAAGCUCCGCAAAAGCAUCUGCUCAAGAUAGAAUUCUAAUGUCCGUCCCAAUAAAUGGUAGCAUGUCAAGCGCUAGGAAAAUUGAUUAGAAAAAUGAUUUAUCUAUUCUUUAAGUUAAAUGGGACAUCUGCAACAAAUCUAAAAUGCAUUGGGAUAGCUGUAAUUUGAUACUUAAGGAUUCAUAAUGCCAAACAGGAUUGAAACUAGCUAUAGAUCCAAUGUAUAUCAAGGAAGGAACUAAGCCAAGCAGGAUUGAAACCUUAGAUCUCAUACUUAAAUAUCCUGUUUCUUUGCUCAGCCAUAAAAUGACAUUGAUCUUCACAAUUUAAGAUUAGAGCAAUAAAUAGGUUGGAGAAAACCUUAUAGCUGUAAUAGAUUAAGCAAAUCUUCCGUUAGUUGUUGGAUCUAAUUAACUCCAGCAGAUUCCUAUACCUAGAAACCAAACUGAUGUCAAUUAAUUACCAAGAAGAGUCUCUCAGCCUUAAUAAAACCAAGGGAGAGUAAUUCAAGUUAAUGAGGAUAAACUCCAAUAAGAUGCAUAAAAGCUGAUGUUCACUACUAAUAUGGAUAUAGAAUUAUGCUAUGACAUUCUGAAAUAGAAUAAUGGCAACUAUGAUGUUACUCUGAAAUAACUUCUGCAGUUUAAAGAAUGA